UUCUAGACGGUGGGGAUCACUCACUACACUGUCUCACUGUUUUUACGAUAUGCAUGACAGUGUAUGUUUUGCGAUGGCAGCAUUAGGUAGUGUAGAAACCUCACAAAUUCUUUUAGAUGUUUUACAAAUACUUAAAGAAGAGAAUGUGUUUGAUACUUCCAGUGACCAACCAGUUGUUCAGUUUCUACAUCCAAAUGAACUCCAGAAAAAAAUAGAAGUGAAUCUUGUUGAUGAUGGAGCAACAGACGAAGAAAUCAAGACAGCUAUUCGCAAGAUUGUUAAAUUCUCCGUAAAGACAUCCAGUCCUCAUUUUCACAACCAAUUAUACGCAGGCGUAGAUCGUUAUGGACUUGCCGGUUCUUUCAUCACGGAAAGCCUCAACACAAGCCAAUAUACAUAUGAAGUUGCACCAGUUUCAAUGCUAUUGGAAAGAGAAGUCUUAGAUCAAGCACUGAAACUGAUAAAAUAUCCAAACUUCCCUGAUGCUGAUGGGAUCUUGUGUCCCGGUGGUAGUAUUUCAAAUAUGUAUGGCAUCGUUUUAGCCAGAUAUUCAAGAAUUCCUCUAAUAAAAACAAAAGGUCUUAGUGGAUUGCUACCUCUUGCUAUGUUCUCGAGUGAGCUUGGUCAUUAUUCAAUUUUAAAAGCUGCUCACUGGCUUGGAAUAGGAACAGAAAAUGUAUACAAUGUUAAAACUGAUGCUUUGGGGCGUAUGCUACCAGACGAUUUAAAGAGAGCAGUCAAGGAAGCAAGGUUGCAAGGAAGUAUUCCUUUCUUUGUAAAUGCCACUGCUGGUACUACUGUACUUGCCUCCAUAGAUCCACUCCAAGAGAUUGCAGCAAUUUGCAAGGAAGAAGGACUUUGGCUUCACAUUGAUGCUUGCUUAGGAGGCUCAUUACUACUUUCCAAUACAUAUAAAGAUAGGCUCAAAGGCAUAGAGUUAUCAGAUUCUGUUGCAUGGAAUCCGCAUAAAAUGCUUGGAGCUCCGUUUCAAUGCUCAUUGUUUCUAGUCAAGAGGAAAAACUUACUUCAUGAAGCAAAUUGCUCUGGUGCAACGUAUCUCUUCCAGCAGGAUAAAUUUUAUGAUGUUUCCUGGGAUACUGGAGAUAAAAGUGUUCAAUGUGGUAGAAAGGUUGAUGCAUUAAAAUUAUGGGUCAUGUGGAAAGCACGAGGUACAAAAGGACUUGGAGAGUCAGUUGAUGUUGCUAUGAAUGCCAUUAAUUAUUUUUUUGAAACAAUUAAAUCACGUGAAGGCUUUAGACUUGUUCUACCAAAAUACGAUGGAAAUACUGUCUGCUUUUGGUACAUUCCACCUAGCAUGAGAGGUCAGGAAGAAACAGAAGAUUGGUGGAAAAAGCUGUACUAUAUCACAACAAAAAUUAAAGAACUUCUAGUAUUAGAUGGACAUUUAUUAAUCGGUUAUACACCAUUAACACAAAAGAAUUAUGGUAAUUUUUUUAGAAUGGUAGUCUGCUGUGUACCUCCACCUAAUGUAGCAUCAAUGAAUUUCGUUAUGGAACAAAUUGAAAAGAUUGGAGGGAAAUUAUAAGUUUUUAAUAAUUACAAUAUAUUCUACCGUCCUUAUAUUUUGUAUUAAAUAAAUAAUAAAACAUUGAUAUUUGAUUAAAAAAA